CGUGGAAAUGAAAGCCUUCGGCUAGUCGCUGCUGCGAUUUGACGAACUUUACUAGCGCGCAAUACCACGAUCACCAGUGCGUAGACAACUCGUGCGUUGUUAAAAAAAAACUUCUUGUGCUGCUUGUAAAACCACAAAGGCAACCAUGGCUUCCAUUCAGCUAGUUUUAUUAAUCGUCAGUGCGUUCGCUGUUUUUAGAUCAGGCGAGGCAUUAAGAUGUUGGACAUGCUCGGCCGACAUGGGCGCACCUUGCGCUGAUUAUUUCAACACCACGCAGUAUCGUCCGUAUACCGGCUCAAACUACUACCAGCCCUACGGUGGCGGCAGUGUUGGAAACCAAAUCGCCUUGCAGGAUUGUGAACAACAGGGUGGUAAUAUUCCUCUUCGCAAUCAACGCGCCGUAUGCAUGAAAAAGAAGCAAACUACUUUCGGCCGUACGACUUACAUCCGCCAAUGUCGUUUCCUCCACUACGAUGAGAAGGUAGGCGCUUGCCCAACAGAAACCACUGGCAGCUCGACCACCGUCGACUUCUGCGAGUAUUGCGACUACGACGGUUGCAAUGGCGCCACGACAAUGCGCAAUUCCUUCCUGCUCGCUGCCGUCCUACCUCUCGUUGGCAUGCUGCUGCUGAGGAAGUAACUCCUGCACGCCGCCGCGUGCAUCUAAUUAUCUAAUCGAUUAAGUUCGUGUUUGUUAUAGCUAUUAAUAUGUUUUAUUUUUCUCAGUACAAAGUGCAUCUCACGCGAAAUUGACGAAAUUCACCUCCUUUUUUUUUGUGUUUUUGUAUGAAAGUCUUGCUCGAGUUUUGUAAAUAUAAUUUGACGAACAAAAAGCGAAGUAAAGCAGUAAAUAAUAGUAAAUUUAAAUAAAUAGGAAAGCGUUUUAAUUA